UGCAUGUCCCAGCACGUGCGGUGGCCCCUUAAAAGGGGAGCACCUGGCUUUGGGCAACUGGAGAAGAGCUGGGCCAUCAGGAGGAAUGUCAGAGUCCAGGGCCCUGCCCACCAGCUUUGGGGAGCUCGAGGUGUUGGCAGUGGGAACAGUCUUGCUGGUGGAAGCUCUCACAGGCCUCAGCCUCAAUAGCCUGACCAUCCUCUCCUUCUGCAAGACUCCAGAGCUGCGGACCCCCAGCCAUCUGCUGGUGCUGAGCCUGGCUGUGGCAGACAGUGGGAUCAGCCUGAAUGCCCUGGUCGCAGCCAUAUCCAGUCUCCUCCGGCGCUGGCCUUACGGCUCUGAUGGCUGCCAGGCACACGGCUUCCAGGGCUUUGUGAUGGCGCUGGCCAGCAUCUGCAGCAGCGCAGCCAUUGCCUGGGGGCGCUACCACCAUCACUGCACCCGUAACCAGCUGGCAUGGAACACAGCGGUCUUUUUGGUGUUCUUUGUGUGGGUAUCUUCUGUCUUCUGGGCAGCACUGCCCCUCCUGGGCUGGGGUCACUAUGACUAUGAGCCACUGGGGACAUGCUGCACCCUGGACUACUCUAGUGGGGACAGAAACUUCAUCAGCUUCCUCUUCACCAUGGCUUUCUUCAACUUCCUCCUGCCCCUCUUCAUCACACUCAUAUCCUAUCAGCUCAUGGAGCAGAAACUCAGGAAGACAGGACAUCCCCAGGUGAACACCACCCUGCCGGCCAGGACACUGCUGCUCGGCUGGGGUCCUUAUGCCCUGCUCUACCUCUACGCUGUCAUCGCAGAUGUGGCCUUGCUCUCUCCCAAGCUGCAGAUGGUGCCUGCACUCAUUGCCAAGAUGGUACCCACGGUCAAUGCUGUCCACUACGGCCUGGGCAGUGAGAUGGUCCAGAAAGGAGUCUGGCAAUGUUUCUCACCACAAAGAAGUGAGCAGGACCGAGCACGGUGAGCCUUCCUGUGGGGUUACUCGGACCCAGGCCCACCCCUGCUGCCCUGGACUGAGCCUCACACCGGGAGGCUACCCAAGAGUCCUGUCCCAGAGCUUCAGAAACCAAGAUCUAGUCACCUCCCCUCCCCAGUGGCCUUGCAGAGCCCAGCUGCAACCAGACACGGGAAUUCAAGAGAAACCAGGCUGAGUG